GACCCAGCGCGGGACCAGGCCCUGCGUGCCUCGGCGGGGCCAGGCCGCACAGCCACCGCGCCAAGCUGGAGUGGGCAGUUUCGGUGGCUUCAACCUCGGUCCAGCAUGGAGCCCUGCUCCUGGUCGCGUCGCCUCCCGGAUCUGGGGACUGACUCUUCAGGGAUGGUCUGAAGCGCGGCCGCCCUGAGGAGAGAGGACGGGGCCGGGCGGGGCCGAGCCGCUGGCUGACCUUGGCAGGGUGGAUCUGGUACGGCCACCGCCACGCACAGAUGUUUUCAAGCAGACAUUCACUCAGCAUCUACUAUGUACAAGAUGAACAUCUGCAACAAGCCCUCCAACAAGACAGCCCCUGAGAAGAACGUGUGGACGGCGCCUGCGCAGGCCAUUGGACCAUCCCCGGAGCUCCAGGGCCAGCGGUCUCGCAGGAAUGGGUGGAGCUGGCCCCCACACCCGCUCCAGAUUGUGGCCUGGCUGCUGUAUCUAUUCUUCGCAGUGAUUGGCUUUGGGGUUCUUGUUCCCCUCCUGCCUCAUCACUGGGUACCUGCUGGCUAUGCUUGCAUGGGCUCCAUCUUUGUUUGCCAUCUUGUGGUGCAUCUAACUGCAGUCUCCAUCGAUCCAGCAGAUGCCAAUGUGCGGGACAAGAGCUAUUCCGGGCCCCUGCCUAUUUUCAACCGCAGUCAACAUGCUCACGUCAUUGAAGACUUGCACUGUAACCUGUGCGACGUGGAUGUGAGUGCACGCUCCAAGCACUGCAGCGCCUGCAACAAGUGCGUGUGCGGUUUCGACCAUCACUGCAAGUGGCUCAACAACUGUGUGGGAGAAAGGAACUAUCGGCUCUUUCUACACAGUGUGGCAUCUGCUUUACUGGGUGUCCUGCUCUUGGUGCUCGUGGCCACUUAUGUCUUCGUGGAGUUCUUUGUCAACCCCAUGCGACUUCGCACAAAUCAACACUUUGAAGUCCUGAAGAAUCACACAGAUGUUUGGUUUGUGUUCUUGCCUGCUGCCCCUGUGGAGACCCAGGCUCCUGCCAUCCUGGCCCUGGCUGCCCUCCUCAUCCUUCUUGGCCUGCUUUCUACAGCCCUUCUUGGCCACCUGCUCUGCUUCCACAUCUAUCUCAUGUGGCACAAACUCACCACCUAUGAGUACAUUGUGCAACACCGCCCAGCUCAGGAAGCAAAGGAAUCCCACAAGGAGCUCCAAUCCUGUCCCCCUAAGAUGCGGCCCAUUCAGGAGAUGGAGUUCUACAUGAGGACCUUCAGCCAUGUGCGCCCAGAGCCCCCUGGCCAGGCUAGGCCAGUGGCAGUGAAUGCCAAUCCUUCCCAGUUUCUUGCCACCCAGGGACAAGUGGAGACACCGCGGCCCUCUUCCCCAGAUACACUGGCUCUGCCUCCCCCAAUCCAACACCAGGAAAAGAGGAAGCGGCGCAUGUAUAGGUUUCUAAGGUCUGGGAUCUUGGACAUGGAGUCCCGGCUGCCCAGGCUAAGUGGGACCCAAGCCCCCAGCGACAGCUUGACCUCUUCAUCAUCAGAUUCCACCAGCGCCAGUCCCAUGUAUACUGCGGGUCCUGCAGGCGCCUACCAUUCACCGUCAGCCGAGUCCAUGGACGAGAUUCCAGUGGCGCAGACGCAUCUGGGCAGUGCUGCCUUGGGCGCUCCGGCUGGCAGGGCCCGAGAAUCUGGGCUGAGGCUACAGGCUCGUGUGCCCGCCGUUUUUGUGAGCCCCAGCAGCGGCGAGCCAGGGGCGCCUGGCGGCCAGGAAGGUGGCCUGCCUUAGUUGGGCCUAGAGGCAGGAGGGCCAGAGGAGGAUUGAUGGCCCGACUCUAUGCAACACCCCACCCUCGCCCCACCAACUGCACUUUAGGGGGCAUGCUCCGGCGGCCGGCGGGAUCGGCCUUCCUUGCCCAAGACUCAGCAAUAUCCGCCCCACCGGUCCUGAUGCUCCAAUAAAUUUUUUUAUGCUUUUGCUGA